GGCGAUCGGCUCCAUUUAAUUGAUUUGGGGGUGACCAGAAAAAUUCUUCGAGGGAUGCUGGAUGGCAAAUUUGCAACCCUUGGUCGAUGGUCAGACCCCCAGAAGGAAGCUGUGUCUAAGUUUAUGGAAAAUACACGGCUUCCUUCUGAGGUGCAUCGCCCCAUGAGGCACCUCAAUGAAGUCCGCAAUUGGAAGGGAACCGAAUAUCGGUCCUUCCUGCAUUACAUUAGUGUUGUGGUCUUGAAAGAUUGCGUGAACGAACAGGCUUACAAUCAUUUCUUGCUCUACUUCUGCGGUGUGACCUGUUUUGCAUCCACGGCACAUCAGCGACAUUGGCCGCUUGCGAAAAAGCUCCUAGAAAAGUUUGUAAAGGAGUUCGGCACGAUAUAUGGUCGUUACCACUUGACAAGUAAUGUUCAUAAUCUCCAGCACGUGUAUGGAGAAGUUUUAAAAUUUGGACAACUUGAAAAUUUUUCGGCUUAUUGUUUUGAAAACCACUUGCAGUUUAUCAAACGCUGUAUUAAAUCGGGCACGAAGUGUGUGGAGCAAGUGGCAGCCAGGGUGCAAGCCAGAGAUUCUAUCCAGACGGCUGCCAGUUAUAGUGCUCCAAACUAUCCAAUGUUGAUGGUAAAUCGGGUUGGAUUAUACGUAACAGCCGAUUUUACCUUGCUGCCCGAAUUUAGAGAUCAAUGGUUUUUGACCCACCAGGGCAGCGUCAUCAAAUUUUUGGAGGCAAAGAAAAGUUCUUUGUCUUCGUUCAUCUUGAUUGGGAUCCAGAUUGACCAUAAGACGGAGCUUUUCGAAGGAAAGUGGGCAGACGGCAAUUCGCAAAUAGAAUUGUCGUCUGCCGAUUUGUUUAUCUAUAAAAUAAAGGAAAAUGCUCCGUCAAGAAGGGUGGAAGUACCGUGUGAAUCCAUAAAAUGUAAACUAUCAGCAAUAUAUUUACCGAAACGAUCUCUCUCAAGACCACCAAUAGAUCCUCCUGUUACUAUUGCUCUUGAUACCAUAGCCCUUUUCCCGUUGCUUCAUACACUCCGUUGA